AUGGAGCUCCACCCGCCGCUGUUGCAACCUUUCCUCUUACUGCUGCUGCUGCUGCCGGCGGUGCCCGAGACUGGCGGGUCCUGGCAGUGCCGACGCAUCCCGUAUGCUGCUUCCCGCGACUUUGCUGUGGAGUAUUCGGUGCCCAGCUUCUCCGCCGGCGGUCCGGUACAAGCCGUUGCAACCUACGAGGGCGGCACGGAAGGGAAUGCGGUGUUCGUGGCCACACGCAAUCGCCUGCAUGUGCUUGGACCUGAUCUAAAGCCAGUUGAGAGCCUGGCUACCGGCCCUGCUGGGGCCCCUGGCUGCCAGACGUGUGCAGCCUGUGGCCCAGGCCCCCACGGCCCGCCGGGAGACACAGAUGCGCAGGUUCUGGUGUUGGAACCGGCGCUUCCCGCACUGAUCAGCUGUGGCUCCAGCCUUCGUGGCCGCUGCUUCUUGCAUGAGCUAGAGCCAGGCGGGACAACCCUGCACCUGGCGCCACCGGUCUGUCUUUUCUCAGAGCACAAUAGGCCAGAGGACUGUCCUGACUGUGUGGCCAGCCCUCUGGGCACCCUCGUGACCGUGGUUGAGCAGGGCCAGGCGUCCUAUUUGUACGUAGCAUCCUCACUGGAUUCGACGGUGGCCGGCAGCUUCAGCCCACACUCGGUGUCCAUCCGGCGGCUCAAGGCCGACGUUUCGGGAUUCGCAGCAGGCUUCGCAGCGCUCUCGGUGCUGCCUGAGUACCUCGAUUCCUACCGCAUCGAAUACGUGUACAGUUUCCACGCCGGAGCCUUCGUCUAUUUCCUGACCGUACAGCCCACCGACGUGGCAGCUGCUCCUGGCGCCUUGCACACGCGCCUGGCACGGCUCAGCGCUGUCGAGACCGACCUGGGCGACUACCGAGAGCUGGUCCUUGACUGCCAUUUCGCCCCUAAACGCCGGCGACGCAUGGCCCAUGAGGGCGGGCAGCCCUACCCGGUGCUGCGGGCAGCCCACACUGCUCCAGUGGGCGGCCAUCUGGCCGCUGAGCUGAGCAUCCCUGAGGGCCAGGAAGUGCUCUUCGGGGUCUUCUCAGCUAGCAGAGACAGCAGCCCAGGUGCAGAUCCCAACUCUGUGGUCUGUGCGUUCCCCGUCCACCUGCUGGACACUCUCAUCGAGCAGGGCGUAGAGCGCUGUUGUGAGCCUCCGGUCCCUCCCGGCCUCCGGCGAGGGCUGGACUUCUUCCAGUUGCCCAGUUUUUGCCCGGAUACGCCUGGUCUGGGGGCCUCCAGCCCCAACAUCAGCUGCCGCCACUUCCCUCUGCUCGUCAGCAGCAGCCUCUUACGGGUGGACCUAUUCAAUGGGCUGUUGGGACCAAUGGAGGUCACAGCACUGUACGUGACGCGCCUCGACAACGUCACAGUGGCCCACAUGGGCACAGCCAACGGGCGCAUCCUGCAGGUGGAGCUGGCCAGGUCUCUCAACUACUUGCUGUACGUGUCCAACUUCUCACUGGGCAGCAAUGGGCAGUCCGUGCAUCGGGGUGUCAGACGCCUUGGGGACCACCUGCUCUUUGCCUCUGGGGACCAGGUCUUCCAGGUACCGAUCCGGGGCCCUGGCUGCCGCCACUUCCUCACCUGUGGGCGCUGCCUGCGGGCACAGCGUUUCAUGGGCUGUGGAUGGUGUGGGGGCAUAUGUGGCCGGCAGAAAGAGUGUCCUGGCUCCUGGCAACAGGACUAUUGCCCACCCGAGCUUACUGAGUUCUAUCCCCGCAGUGGACCCCUAAGGGGCAGCACAAGGCUGACCCUAUGUGGCUCCAACUUUUACCUGUACCCUGCUGGUCUGGUGCCUGAAGGCACCCAUCAGGUCACUGUGGGUCGAAGCCCCUGCCGACUGUUACCGAAAGGCAACUCAGACCUCAGCCGACUGUCCCGGAACGACUUCAUAGAGGAUUUUGAGUGUGAGCUGGAGCCCUUGAGCACACAGGUAGCCGGGCCUGCCAACGUCAGCCUCAAUGUGACCAACAUGCCACUGGGCAGGCACUUCCGGAUAGAUGGCACUUCCUUGCUAGGAGGCUUCUCUUUCAUGGAGCCAGUGCUGACAGCAGUCCGACCCUUCUUCGGCCCUCGGGCAGGAGGUACCUGCCUCACCCUUGAAGGCCGAGGCCUGUCUAUUGGCACUAGCCAGGCUGUGCUGGUCAAUGGGACUGAGUGCCCGCUGAAACAGGUCAGCGAGGGGCAGCUUUUAUGCACCACGCCCCCUGGGGCCGCUACUGCCAGCGUUCCCAUUCGCCUGCAGGUAGGGGGCGCCGAGGUGCCUGGCUCUUGGAACUUCCGCUACCGGGAAGACCCUAUCGUCCUGGGCAUCAGCCCCAAAUGUGGCUAUAGCGGCUCCCACGUCACCAUCCGUGGUCAGCAUCUGACUUCAGCAUGGCACCUCACGCUGUCAUUCCAUGAUGGGGUCAGGGCAGUGGAGAACAGGUGUGAGGGGCAGCUCCCGGAGCAACACAGGUGCCGCCUGCCCGAAUACGUGGUUCGAGGUCGCCGAGGGUGGGUGACAGGGAACCUGAGUGUCCGUGGGGAUGGAGCUCCUGGCUUCACACUGCCUGGCUUUCGCUUCCUGCCUCCACCCCACCCACCCAGCAAGGGCCUGGCCCCCCUGAAGCCUGAGGAGCAUGCCAUUAAGUUUGAGUACAUCGGGCUGGGCACUGUGGCCGACUGUGUGGCUGUGAAUGUGACUGUGAGUGGCAAGAGCUGCCAGCACGAGCUGCGGGGGGAUGUGGUGGUCUGCCCCCUGCCCCCCUCCCUGCAACUUGGCAAAGAUGGUGCUCCACUGCAGGUCUGCGUGGAUGGUGGGUGCUCCACCCUGGGCAAAGUAGUACGGCCAGGUCUGGAAGGGGUCCCCCAGAGCACGCUCCUCGGGGUCCUCCUGGCUCUGCUCCUGCUUGUGGCUGUGCUGGCUGCCAUACUGGUCCUCAGUUACCGCCGGAGGAAGCAGCUAGUUCUUUCUCGGAACCUGGAAGACUUGGCCUCCCUGGACCGGACCACUGGAGCCAUGCCUCUGCCUCUGCUCCGCUCAGGCUCUGACUACAGAAAUGGCCUUGGUGAGAUGCUGGAGGUGCUGGAAGGUGGGACCAUACUGUCUGCUCCACCAGCCCCUCAUUACCUCUCUUCCUCCACAGCCUCUCCUAUCACUGGCCAGGAUUCCUCCACUCAGGUCCACAGAACAUCCUCCUCAGACAGCAGGGAUGGGUCCCGUGUCCCAUUGCUGCGGAAAGGAUCCAUCCAGCUUGGGGACCUGGACUCUGUGCUCCUGGCUGAGGUCAAGGAUGUACUGAUUCCCCAUGAAAGCGUGGUCACCCACACUGACCGAGUCAUUGGUAAAGGCCAUUUUGGAGUUGUCUACCAUGGAGAAUACACAGACGAGGCCCAGAAUCGAAUCCACUGUGCCAUCAAGUCCCUGAGUCGCAUCACAGAGGUGCAGGAGGUGGAGGCCUUCCUGCGUGAGGGGCUGCUCAUGCGCCGUCUGCACCACCCAAACGUGCUGGCUCUCAUCGGCAUUGUGCUGCCCCCGGAAGGGCUGCCCCGCGUGCUGCUGCCUUACAUGCGCCAUGGAGACCUGCUGCAGUUCAUCCGCUCACCCCAGCGGAAUCCCACAGUAAAGGACCUCAUCAGCUUCGGGCUGCAGGUGGCCCACGGCAUGGAGUACCUGGCCGAGCAGAAGUUUGUGCACCGGGAUCUGGCUGCUCGGAACUGCAUGCUGGAUGAGUCAUUCACGGUCAAGGUGGCUGACUUUGGUCUGGCCCGUGACGUCCUGGACAAGGAGUACUACAGUGUCCAGCAGCACCGCCACGCUCGCCUGCCUGUCAAGUGGAUGGCGCUGGAGAGCCUGCAGACCUACAGAUUCACCACCAAGUCCGACGUGUGGUCCUAUGGUGUACUGUUAUGGGAGCUGCUUACGCGGGGUGCCCCUCCAUACCCUCACAUCGACCCUUUCGACCUCACUCACUUCCUGGCCCAGGGUCGGCGCCUGCCCCAGCCUGAGUAUUGCCCAGAUUCUCUGUACACUGUGAUGCAGCACUGCUGGGCGGCGGACCCCACGGCGCGACCCACCUUUGGAGAGCUAGCAGGGGAAGUGGCACUCGUGGUGGCUGCGCUGCGAGGGGACCACUAUGUGCAGCUGCCCGUGGCCUACGUGAACGUGGGCCCUGGUGCCCCUGACAAGGCAGUCAUGCCCUCGGAACAGUCACCAUCCCCAACAGUGCACAGAAGCCCAGGGCGGCCCCGGCCCCUCUCAGAGCCACCGAGGCCCACGUGA